AUGCCUGUGAUGAAGGGCCUCCUCGCUCCUCAGAACACCUUCUUGGAUACGAUCACCAACCACUUUGAUGGCACCCACAGUAACUUCCUGCUGGGCAAUGCUCAGGGGCGCCAUGGCUACCCCAUCGUGUACUGCUCAGAUGGGUUUUGCGAUCUGACAGGCUUUGUUCGGAAUGAGGUGAUGCAGAAAACCUGUACCUGCCGCUUUCUCCACGGGGCUGAGACCAGCGAGAGAGUGAUCCAGCAGGUGGACAAAGCUCUGGAGGGCCAACAAGAGUACCAGGGGGAAGUCCGCUUUUAUAGGAAAAAUGGAAAUCCAUUUUGGUGCCUCUUGGAUAUCGUGCCAAUUAAAAAUGAGAAAGGCGAGGUGGUUCUGUUCCUGUUCUCCUUCAAAGACGUCAGUGAAUCACAUGGGAAAAGCCAUCACCACAGCCGGGGAGACGAGGAUGGCCACCACAGCAGGAAAAACAGCCACCUUUCCCAAGCCAGGGAGAGGGGAAGGACCAUUCUGUACCACCUGACCAACCUGUUCCCCAAGAGGAGCAGGGGCAAACUGACAAAUAGUGUGUUCCAGAAACCAUCUCUACCUGAGUACAAGGUGGCGGCAGUAAAGAAGUCUCGUUUCAUCCUGCUCCACUACAGCAUCUCCAAGGCCUUGUGGGACUGGCUGAUCCUGCUGGCCACCUUCUACGUCGCAGUCACUGUGCCUUACGAUGUCUGCUUCGUCAGUCAUGAUCAGGGCAGUGACCAGGACUCUCUCAUCACCCGCAGCACUAUAGGCAGUGACAUCGCUGUGGAGAUGCUGUUUAUACUGGAUAUCAUCCUGAAUUUCCGCACCACCUACGUGAGUCAGUCUGGUCAGGUUGUGUAUGAUGCCCGAUCCAUCUACCUCCACUACUGUACCACCUGGUUCUUUGUAGAUCUGAUUGCCGCUCUGCCUUUUGACCUUCUCUAUGCCUUCAACAUCACAGUGACCUCUUUGGUGCAUUUGUUGAAGACGGUUCGUCUGCUGCGUCUGCUGCGCCUGUUACAGAAACUGGACCGCUACUCGCAGUACAGCGCUGUGGUCCUGACCCUGCUUAUGUCUGUGUUUGCCCUGCUGGCCCACUGGAUGGCCUGUGUCUGGUAUGUCAUCGGACGCAAAGAGAUAGAGAGCAGUGACCCUGUCACCUGGGAUAUAGGCUGGCUUCAGGAGUUGGGAAAGCGCCUGGAGACACCCUACAUCAACAGCACAAUGGGUGGGCCCUCCAUGCCCAGUGCAUAUAUUGCCUCUCUCUACUUCACCCUCAGCAGCCUCACCAGUGUGGGGUUUGGCAAUGUGUGUGCCAAUACAGAUGCUGAGAAGAUCUUCUCCAUUUGCAUCAUGCUUAUGGGUGCCCUGAUGCAUGCGGUUGUCUUCGGUAACGUGACAGCCAUCAUCCAGCGCAUGUACUCACGCCGCUCACUCUACCACACGCGGAUGAAGGACCUCAAGGACUUCAUCCGUGUCCACAGGCUACCUCAACAGCUGAAGCAGAGGAUGCUCGAGUAUUUCCAGGCCACGUGGUCUGUAAACAAUGGCAUCAAUGCCAAUGAGCUUCUGCAUGACUUCCCAGAUGAACUGCGAGCAGACAUUGCCAUGCAUCUGAACAAGGACAUCUUGCAGCUGCCUGUGUUUGAGCGGGCCAGCAGAGGGUGUCUGCGCUCCCUCUCCCUGCACAUCAAGACCUCUUUCUGUGCACCGGGGGAAUACCUUAUCCGCCAGGGAGAUGCCCUGCAAGCCAACUAUUUUGUCUGCUCAGGUUCCCUGGAGGUUCUCAAAGACGGCAUGGUUCUCGCUAUCCUGGGCAAAGGUGACCUUAUCGGGGCUGACCUGCCGGGACACGACCAGGUGAUCAAGACCAAUGCAGACGUGAAGGCGCUGACCUACUGUGACUUGCAGUACAUCAGCGUCAGGGCUCUGAGAGAGGUGCUCGGACUCUACCCGGAGUACGGCAGCCGCUUCAGCUCUGACAUCCACCACAACCUCACCUACAACCUGAGAGAAGGCAGUGAAGCUGAUGGAGUAACACGAUUUCCACGGUCCCCCAGGCUGUCUCAGGGCUGUGUUGCUACGGACCAUAAACUGCCCUUCAUUAUUGAGACAGAUGAUGUGGGCUGUGGAGAGGACAUGGGACACGCCCAUCAGAAGAGGCUGCCCCUGCUGCAUGGUAUGGGUAGUCCUGUUCGCCAGCCCUGCCACAGCUCGCCACUGGGGGAGGAUCUCCGCCGCGUCAAUGCACUUCGCCUCUGUCGAUCACCUGUUCAGGGGAGUCGAGGCCGCAGCCUUUCCCCUCAGCCGUUCACCAGUGAGGAGGUCUCCCCCUCUACCUUUCCCAGUCUUACUGAUGAGCCAGGCUUGAGCCAUCGGCCGACCAAGCUGCUCAUCCCCUCCUUGCACUGUGUCAGCCCACUGGACUUGAGCCCCAGGGUCGUGGAUGGAAUCGAGGACAAUGGCCAUGCAUUUCAAUUUAAUGUAGAACCAAGCGAGGCCAAGACUGAUGGAAAAGACCCAUUCCAGGUGAGUGCUAACCUGCUUCUCGAGACAGAGGAAGUGAGACAGAACAUCAGCAAACUGAACAAAGAGGUGAACAACUUGAACCAAGAAGUAUCCAACUUGACCAAGGAGCUCCAUGAGAUGAUGCAUUUCCUGCAGUCUCAUAUGAGCAUGCCACAUUAUACCUCUCCAGUUUCCACAUAUUCCUAUGGCAUACAGAUAGUUCCUAAUGCCAGUGUGACUUCUUCCAGUGAAUGGCAAACCCAGGUACCGUAUAAUAUAGCCACCAGGCCACACCUCCAUCAUGAGGCAAUUUCCCAUCCUUCCAGAAAUGCGUGGGGCUGCAGUGGGAUGCCCACCCAUGGGAGAAGUUCCACCCUGGGGCAAAAAGUUGAGGUGGACCAUUUGCUCCGUUCUUCUAGCCCCAUGUCGUCCUGUUUACACCUAUGCUGCUCUGACAGGGACAGAGCCACCGGUCACAGACUGCAGAGCCAGUGUAGCCCUUUCCAAACUUCCAGAACAACACCCAACUCUCCUUACAUGACGCACUCUCAUGAACGGGGAGGUCCAUCCCUCCUGGGUCUCAGUUCUACCUUUCACGGCUUCCCAGUGAACUGUCAGGUGUCUCAGGUGGGAUUCAAGGCCUCUAUCCCCACUACAAGUAGCUGUCACUCUUUGUAUGCUUCAGGAAAUCUUAGCCAGUCACACCCCUCUCUGAGUGUGCAAGCCAACUCUGAUCUCGCACACUCUCAGGCCAGCUCCCCCACACCCAUCCAUUCCUCCAUCACCCCCACAGGUCAGCCCCAGCUCCACACUGCCUUCAGCUCUCUAACCCCCUCAGGGGUCUACACCUCGGUAAGCACAGCACACAACCAGAGCCAGCAGGGGUCAAUCAGCAGUCCCAGACAAAAUGACCUGGUAGGAUCCAGCCCUAUCCAACACACACAGGACCUUGUGCAUUCUGUUCUGGGGCAAUCAACAGGAAAAGACUUUAGAGCUUCCCAGUAUCCAGAUGUGACGUCCAGACCGGAGAGGACAGACAACGGUAUCAUGGAUUGUCAGGGCAGUAGCAGCGGUACUCUGACUGUUGAUGUUGAACCGCUGUGGGACCUGGAGAUGGCACAAGCUCCACUCUGA